AUGACGAGUAAAGUCUCCUCUAGUGGAGAGCUGUUGAGCCGGUGGAGGAGAAUCGAGGAAGACGAAGAGGAGAAUGACGGUUCUGAUCCCUCUACACUGCGGCGUCUCAACCAGCGCAAAGAACAAUGGUUUACAGAUGCAUUCACUUUAUUGAUAUCUUUGCCGAGAGAUACUCAUAUUUGGUGUGGGUAUGGCGAUGUAAUGGGGCCUCUUCUUGAGACAUUCUACAAUUUCUUUAAAGAUGAUAGAGAUGAUUCACCUCUUAAGGUCUUGUGGAAGAGAAUCUCUGGAGAGAUGCGGCUUUGUGCCCAAUGCAUUUGUCAGCACCAUCAGACGCAGGAGAUGUAUGAAAAGGAGUAUGAGUGCGCUUCUGUUGGUCCACUACUUGCCGUGUUGCGAAAACUUGAUGAGGAAAGGGUGACUACUCACUUGCAAGAGAUCAACUCGAAAGUAGAAAAAGGAACAUAUGAUCCAGAUCAUCAUCAUGCAGAAGUUGUUAGUGUAAUGUACGAGGUUUUGAUGUUUCCGUUCUUCUUUGACGAUAUGUCCUUAUGCGCUGAGUUUGAGAAAUUCAUUGAGUCAAUCGACAACAUUCAUGAGCUUGCAUUUGCUGAGAAUCAAGAAUUUCCGGGUGUGUAUGCACUCCUUUUUCUCAAUAGAAGGGUGCGUGUAAUUGGUUACCGCUUGGCCAGGGCCAUGGGGAAGUUGAGGUCAGCAGCCCAGUUGGAACGCCUUCAGCCAUUGCUCAAGAAAUUCAUUGGAAUUCUGGAGAUGGAGGGACUGCCUUCUGCAUCUCAGGAACCGAGGCCGCGGAUUUAUCUAGACCGCUCAUCUAUAUGGCUUGGGAUGACAUCAUUGCUUGAGUUCUUAGAAGGCCCUGCUUUUGAAGAGGGGAUAUUGGAGCCUUAUCCCAUUUUUGUUGAUACAGUGUUGAAUCAUAUAAGCGGUGAUUCACCUGAAUUUUCGCUGGCUGUUAAUUGCCUGAAAGAGCUAUUUAAGACACUUGGUAUGUCCCUUGAGGCUUUGCGAGAUGGUGAGCAUGAAAAGCAACGUAGACACUUUCUCUACUUUCUCCUUCAUCAGGUCCCAGUUAGCAGUAACUUCAGCGUUUUAGCUAGAAGAAUUGGCCACAAGAUUGCUCUUCUUAUUGUACUUAGAGGUUACACGAUGAACCCACCCUGUCCUCCCUUUGAGUGCGCACACAUGUGGGGACCAUCUCUUGUGUCGUCGUUUAAAGAUUCUUCACUUCAUAUUUCAUUGCGACAACCUGCUAUUGAUCUUGUCCAAGCUAUACUGGUAUCUGAUGCAACGGCCCUACUAGCUUCGCUGCUACGUAAUAAUUCUGGUACAUAUAUGGGCAAUGAGGUAAAAUAUGACGAAGAUGACAGUAAUCUUCCCUUUUCCCAUGCUGUGGAAGAUGUAAGUGAUCGUCCGUGGAGUUACUUUACCCAGCAGAGCAAAAUUACUCUUGGGGAGUGCAAAGAGUGGAUGUGCAUUCCGAUGCUCUGGAUUACUACUCUUACAAAUACAAAUCUUCUAAACGUUCCAGUAUCGGUAUCCCAAGCAGUAUUUUGGUCUCGAUCACGUUUUUGUUUGGUAGAAUCUGAAAAGAGUGAUGAGAUGACGGUUGAUAUCGAAACUUGGCUUUCAUCUUCUGCUGUUGAAAUCAAAGGCACGCUUGGAUGGAAGGUAGCUACAGGAUCUGAUGACGGGGGGCCAGGAAAGGAGUCCAAAAACUCUGUGACAGUAUCAAAGAUGUGUCUUACGUUGAUACGAACACUGAAAAGAUUGACCACUUGUUUUCUGGUCCAAAUGGGCGAAGACUGUCGAAAACAGUGGACCUGGGUACCAGGGAUGGCCGAAACCUUCAUCCUUUCUCUUUCAGACCCAGAUGAUAAUAUAAGGCAGUUUGGAAAGUCUAUGCUGGAACACGUUUCAAAUACCAGAGGUCUGUCUUGUGGGCUGAAGUUUCUCUGCUCUCAAAGUUCGCAUCUCCUAUUUGUUUUUUCCGGAGUUAGACAUGUUUUACAGCAGGUACAUUUGAGCUCUGUUCUACAAAGCUUUCAGAUCCUGCACCAUUUUUUUUUUUUAUUAUUCAAGUUGCUGAAGGAAGAGGAUGUCGGGAUUACUGGCACUGUGAAGAGUUCCGCAGGGGGAUUCUUGACGCAACCUGACUUUAAUGCUCCUCCUGUGAUUGAGGGCAGAAGUUCCUUGAGUGCUACCCAGGAGUUGCUGAAGUUUCUCUACUCGCUGGCAGAAGUUGCCUGGGGCGCGAUAAGGAAGUGCUUAGCUGAGGGAAAGGCUUUCAUCCAUCAAAAUCUUUACCAGUUGACAUGUGUACGUUUGCUUGAGAUUCUUCCUGUCGUUCUGGGAAAACUUAGACUAAGCCGUGAAGAGUCCUGUGCUACUAGAGGAACUUUGAAAGAUGCAUCUGAUCUUAAAUGGCUUCCUGAUCUCAUCGAUUGGGGAAGGUCACAACUUAAAGUUGUUGUUGCAUAUUGGAGGCGAGCAUUAUUGGCUUUGCUAGACAUCUUACAAGGAUCAAAGAGUGACGCUUGUUCCUCGGCAGUGCAGGCUAUCAGACGUGUUCUAUCUGCUGAUGAUCUUGACAUCGAGCAAUUAGCAGAACAGAUCUCACGCCUUGUUCCCAAGGCAAAUGAGUACCAGAUUCUCAAACCUGUUGAUGUUGUUGGCAAAGAACCAGAUAAUAUGAUGGAUAUAACGGAGGAUGAGACUGAGAAGGAAUCAUUGAAGAAUUUACCUAGUCUGCAGAAGUCUCACCAACUUGAUACUAUUAAAACUCUUCCACCUAUCAAAAGCGUCUCACAGGUUACCUCUCUGAAGAAGACUACUCCUAGUAUUGGUACUUCAAAGUUUUCCGCAACAGUUGUCUCAGAGAAAGAUGUUUCAGUAAGCUCCAGCAAUAUUGUUAGGGACCUUCCCACCACAAACGCUGAACCAAGCAAGGUUGGUAGUAUGAAUAGGGAAGCAGAUAAUAGACAGAAUGUGGGAGGUCCUCUUUCAUUUGAUAACAGAGCCAACUUAAAGAAUGUUACUGAUGAAGUCAUCUCUCGUGUAACUUCAAAAGGGGCCCAGAAAUCUGCGAUUUCCAACACAAAAGGCGUGGAUUUGAGAAAGGUCGUUAUUGAGACGGAGGUUGAUCCACUGGACUUGGCACUUAAAUCUCUGAAACCACAGUCACUACCCCUGGCAAAACCAGGGCCCAUUGUUCCCAAACGACAAGUCAUUCAACUUUGUGCACCUGUAAAUAAGAAAUCCGAUCGUUGGCAGAGGCAAGAAGCCGGAUUUAAAAGAUUCAGGCCACCGAGGCUUGAAGAUUGGUUUAGAAAGAUUUUGCAAAUGGACUACUAUGCAGUAGUGGGAUUGGCGUCAACGAAUAAAGAUGAGAAUAAGAAUGUCGGAAAGUUUAGGGAAGUUCCAGUGCGCUUCGACUCACCUGAACAAUAUAUACAGAUUUUCCAGCCCUUGGUUCUAGAAGAGUUUAAAGCACAGUUGCAAAGUUCCUUCCAGGAGAUAUCGUCAUUGGAGGAGAUAUAUUAUGGUGUUCUGUCAGUUUUAUCGAUUGAAAGGGUAGACGAUUUUCACUUUGUUCGUUUUAUGCAAGACGAAAAUGAUGACCCCAACUCGAAAAGUUUCUCUGAGAAUGACUUGGUUUUGUUCACAAAAGAGCAUCCAGAAAACAGUAAUGUCGGUGUUAAUAUGAUUGGAAAGGUGGAAGGACGGGAAUGGGAUGAUAAAAAACGGUCCAGUAUUUUGAAUGUACGCUUGUAUCUUCAGAAUGCGUUUUCACGACUUAAUCAAGCUAGAAGGAAUCUCUUGGAACGUAGCCAGUGGCAUGCAAGUCGCAUUCUAAACAUUACAUCCCAAGUUCGAGAGUUUCAAGCUCUGUCAUCCAUUAGGGAUAUUCCUAUCCUUCCUGUGAUCUUAAGUCCUAUGAGCGACUCUAGCUAUGAUUCUGAAAUAAAAAAAUCAGAUCUGCGUUCACUACCACAUUCGCUACAGCAAAUACUCAAAUCAUCUUUCAAUGAGAGUCAGCUUCAGGCUAUUAGUGUUGCCAUUGGCUCAUCCACUUUGACGAAGGCUCUUGACAUUUCACUUAUUCAGGGCCCUCCGGGAACUGGAAAGACUCGCACUAUUGUUGCCAUUAUUAGUGGCUUGCUUGCAUCUAUUUCACGUAGAACAAGUGACAAUGGAAAUUCUGAGCAAGAUCAUAGCUCUUCUGCAACUUUUAGGCAGAGAAUGAAUCCGAAUGUGGCUCUUGCAAGGGUAUGGCAAGAUGCAGCUCUGGCUAAACAACUAGAGGCUGAUGGGGAAACAAAUAAAAAGAUGGCAGAAAAAAUUGGCAGAGGAAGGGUAUUGAUUUGCGCUCAGUCAAACGCUGCAGUUGAUGAAUUAGUUUCAAGAAUAUCUAGUCUAGGCAUUUAUGGCAGGGAUGAGAAGAUGUUCAAACCGUAUCUUGUGAGGGUCGGAAAUGCGAAAACUGUUCAUCCAAAUUCAAUGCCCUUCUUUCUGGAUACUCUUGUUGAACAGCGUUUAGCUGAGGAGAGAAUGCGGAUAGACAAAGCUAAGAGUAACAAGGCUGCAGAUUCUUCUGCGUUGCUGCGCUGUAAUUUAGAAAAGGUCGUUGAUCAGAUCACCCAAUUUGAAGCCAAGCGUGCAAACUUAAACCAGGAAAGUUUAGACGCCAAAGAGAAGCUGGGGAAUAAAAACCUCCACAAAGAUGAUGAUGGCAAGCCAAUGUCUGAUGCAGAGCUAGGGAUAAGACUGCGGCGGCUAUAUGAGCAAAAGAGAAAAAUUUACAAAGAUCUUAGUGCGGUUCAGGCUCAAGAGAGAAAAGCUAACAAUGAAAUUAGAGCAUUGAAACAUAAAUUGAGGAAGUCCAUUCUCAAAGAAGCUCAAAUAGUCGUUACAACCUUAAGUGGCUGUGGAGGAGAUUUGUAUAGUGUGUGUGCUGAAUCUUUAUCAGCCCAUAAAUUUAGCACUCCAUCUGAAGAUAAUUUAUUCGAUGCCGUAGUGAUCGACGAGGCAGCUCAGGCUCUGGAGCCAGCUACAUUGAUUCCUCUACAGCUGUUAAAGUCAAGAGGAACGAAAUGCAUAAUGGUUGGAGAUCCAAAGCAGCUUCCAGCAACCGUUCUCUCCAACAUUGCCAGCAAGUUUUUGUAUGAAUGCAGCAUGUUUGAACGCUUACAAAGGGCUGGAUACCCUAUCCUCAUGCUUACCCAGCAGUGUCUGGAACUUGGGCUUACAAUUUAUCUUCUUUCUCUGUUAAAACAGUAUAGGAUGCAUCCAGACAUUUGCCGAUUCCCAUCUAUGCACUUCUACGACAAUAAGUUGCUAAAUGGUGUUGACAUGUCAAGUAAAUCAGCCCCUUUUCACGAGAAUCACUAUCUUGGACCAUAUGUCUUCUAUGAUAUUGUUGAUGGCCAAGAGCAUCGAAGUGGGGAUUCUAGCUCCGUGUGCAAUGAACAAGAAGCUGAAGCUGCUGUUCAACUGCUUAGAUUUUUCAAAAAGAGAUAUCCCUCUGAAUUUGUCGGUGGAAGGAUUGGCAUCAUUACCCCCUAUAAACGUCAACUUGCGGUUUUGCGUUCUCGUUUCACUAGUGCAUUUGGAUCUCAAGUAGCAGCAGAUAUGGAACUGAAUACUGUGGAUGGGUUUCAAGGCAGGGAGGUUGACAUAUUAGUGUUAUCCACUGUAAGAGCUACUCAUUCUGCUCCUGAUGGGAGCAAUCAAAGUCGGAUUGGUUUUGUUGCAGAUGUUAGACGCAUGAAUGUUGCUCUCACAAGAGCCAGGCUCUCCCUUUGGGUUUUGGGUAAUACACGAACCUUGCAAAGAGACCAUAACUGGGGUGCUCUUGUGAAAGAUGCAAAAGAAAGAGAAGCCAUUAUACCAGUUAAGAGACCGUACAACUGCAUGUUUGGCGACAAAAAGACGGAACAGAAGCAUUUUGAGAAUCUUCCAAAGAAUUGUCCUGAGCCUGAGAAACAUCAUUUGGGCCGCAGAGAACAGAGAGCAGAGAUAUCCUCUGAUAGAAAAAUGAGGAAAUCUGAUGGAGAUGCUGUGCCUCUCUCGUCAAAAGGAUCAGAGAGCAAGCAGAGCAGACGAAAAGCCAAAGAAGAAGCUUCUUCUCAAAGGGAAAAACUAGCUGCAAGCAGCGAGAAAGCAACAUCCGAAGUGAAUCCUAGGCGGAACCAAGAAAAGAGAGACAAAAUGAAAGGUACAGAGAAAAGCAGCAAUCCAGGGAAUAUGGGUGUAAAUAGUUCCAAGAAUGAAGAUCCGAAUGAUUUGAAGAAAUCUAAGAAGGCUUCAUCAAAGCUUGACAGUAGCAAAAGGGCAAACCCCACUGAUGAAACUGAACAGAGAGGGAAACAAAUAAACAAAGGCAAUGCUUCUAAUCAAGGAGGUGUUGAAGACAUGAUAUCCAAACGGAAACAACAGCGUGAAGCUGUUGCUGCCAUUCUAAACACGUCUCUGAUUCCGUCACAUAAGCCCAAACCUCCAAAGCGACCUUUGUCUCCAAAUUCAACUGCAAGCACCCACACGAGACCGGCUAAAGCGAUCAAAGAAUCCACCAGGAACAACACUAAACAAAGAUAA